UCAUAAGUGUACCAUUUACUUGUUUUACUUGUGUUCAGUGGAUAUUUAUUUGAGGAAAUAAUCUUCAAUAUUGUAAAGUAAUAUUGUUGGAGCGCAUUCAGAAUCUUAUAUUUACGAUAAGAGGUCCAGAUAUUUCUAGUAAAAUGGUUGAUGAACCAAUGAUUUUCACUGUAGAAAAUGGCAUUUAUAAGGGGCAAAUAACACAUGAUUUGAAUAAAUACAAGUGUCCCGGAGAAGUGAUAUGGCACGGCAUUAGAAGCAAUGGAGAAAAAAUUGCACACUUGGACGCAUGCACUGAAGAGACGGUCACAUACGCACAGUUGCAAGAUAAAGUUGUGAGAUGCGCCUUGUGGCUACAAAAACAAGGAGUCAAAUCUGACGAUAUCAUUAGUGUGUGUACGGGUAAUCAUUACAACUCUAUCGUGCCCUGUCUUUCAGCAAUUUAUAUCGACGUGAUUUUCAAUUCGUGGGACGAGAACAUGAAUCUAAAAACUGCGUUGCACGUUUUGCGAAUGCUCAUGCCGAAGGUAAUCUUCUGUAGCGAGAAAUCGGUGGAUGUCAUCUUGAGCGCGAUAAAGGAACAGAAUUGCAGUCCCAUGAUAGUAGUUUUUGGCAAGCAUAUUGACGCGAUUUCAUUUUCCGAUAUUCUGAGUAAUUGCAGCGAUGUGGAAGUAGCAAAUUUUCAUUACGUCGAUCACGUUGACAUGACGAAGACGGCAUGUAUUUUACAUUCGUCAGGCACUUCAGGGAUGCCAAAAGGCGUUGAAUUGUCCAAUAAUGUCCUAUUACAUAUCAGUCAGAAUAAAAGUAUAGACUUGGCUAACAUGGUAUUUCUUUGGUUUUCUUCUCUUUAUUGGGUGAGUGGGAUCGUCCUGAACUUAAUUACGAUCGAGCAAAGCGGCAAAGUGAUCAUCUACCCUGAAUUUAACGAGGAGAUGACUUGUCAACUGAUCGAGAAAUACCAAGUAGAAAUUAUUUUUUUAAGCACAAGUACAUUGAGUCGGUUUCUCAGAGCGAAUUGUAUAAAGAAAUACUCUUUAUCAUCCCUAAAAGUUAUACUGUACGGUGGUGCAAUUAUGAAUAAUAAAGUGCAGGAAGAAUUGAAAUAUAUUUUACCACACGUCCAAAUAUUGCAAGGUUACGGAAUGACAGAAACCGGUGGUCCUGUAACGUCGCCGCAAUCACAUCAUAAGAAUGGAUCUAAUGGAGUUGUAGCCAAGAAUGUGCAAAUAAAGAUCGUGGACCCUGAAAGCGGGAAAAUAUUUGAAUCAAAUCAACCGGGAGAAAUAUUGGUAAAAUCUGCAACCAUGAUGACUGGUUAUUAUAAAAAUCCUGAAGCGACAAAAAGUACGAUUGAUGAGGAAGGAUGGUUGCACACGGGUGAUAUCGGUUAUAUAGACGAAGAUGGAGAAUUGUUCAUUAUCGACAGAAUGAAGGAACUCAUAAAGUACAGAGGUCAGCAAAUCUCUCCCGCAGAAAUCGAGAAUAUGUUAGUAACACAUCCAGCAGUGCUAGAAGCUGCAGUAAUAGGGGUGCCCCAUGCAUUAGACAAUGAACAUCCUCUUGCUUACGUUACCAACAGACCUGGCAUCGAGGUGACGGAACAGGAAUUGAUAGACUUUGUGGUGGAGAACAUGGAAGAUCGAUGUAAACUACGUGCAGGAGUUAUAUUUCUGGAUAGUUUUCCAUAUACGGGUUCAGGGAAAAUUUCAAGAAAAGAUUUGAAAGAAAUGACUAAGAAACUAGUAGCAUUUAUUUUUCUUAGCACAAGCAUGAUCAAUCGGUUUCUCAAAGCGGGUUACGUAAAGAAAUAUUCUUUAUCAUCUUUAAAAAUUAUAAUGAGCACUGGUGCAAUAAUUAAGCCGAAAGUGCAGGAAGAAUUGAAAUGUAUUUUACCACAUGUCGACAUAUUGCAAGGUUAUGGAAUGACGGAAACCAGUGGUUUUAUAACAAGUCAACUACCGAGUCACAAGAACGGAUCUUGCGGUGUGGUAGUCGAGAAUGUGCAAAUGAAGAUCGUAGAUCCCGAAAAUGGAAAAAUUCUUGGUCCGAAUCAAUCGGGAGAAAUAUGGGUAAAAUCUGCAACCAUGAUGAAUGGUUAUUAUAGAAAUCCUGAGGCAACAAAAAGUACGAUUGAUGAGGAAGGAUGGUUGCACACGGGUGAUAUCGGUUAUAUAGACGAAGAUGGAGAAUUAUUCAUUAUCGACAGAAUAAAAGAACUUAUGAAGUAUAGAGGAUAUCAGAUCUCUCCUGCAGAAAUUGAGAAUGUGUUAAUGUUACACCCUGCAGUGCUAGAGACUGCAAUCAUAGGAGUGCCUCAUGCAUUAGACGAUGAGCAUCCUCUUGCUUAUGUUACCAAGAGGCCUGGUGCCGAGGUGACAGAACAGGAAUUAAUAGAUUUUGUGGCGAGGAAUAUGAUGGAUCACUACAAACUACGUGCAGGAGUUAUAUUUUUGGACAAUUUUCCAUAUACGGGUUCAGGAAAAAUUUCAAGAAAAGAUUUGAAAGAAAUGACUAAAGAACUGAUUUUCACAAUGGAAAACGUUUACGAAGAGCAAGCGCAGCAUAAGUUGAGUAAUUAUAAAAGUUUAGGAGAAUUAAUAUGGAUUACCAUUAAAAGCCAUGGGGAUAAAAUCGCACAAUUGGACGCCCGCACUGAAGAAACGGUCACAUACGCGGAGUUGCAAAAUAAAGUUGUGAGAUGCGCCUUGUGGCUACAAAAAAAAGGAAUAAAAUCUGGCGAUGUUAUCAGUAUGUGUACAGGCAAUCAUCUUAAUUCUAUCGUGCCCUGCCUUUCGGCAACUUAUAUCAACGCUAUUUUCAAUCCAUGGAAUGAAAACAUGGACUUGCAAACUGCAUUGUACUUUUUGCAACUGAUGAUGCCAAAGAUGAUCUUCUGUAGCGAGAAAUCUGUAAAUAUCAUUUUGAGCGCGGUAAAGAAGCAGAAUUGCAAUGCUACGGUAGUGGUUUUUGGUAAGCAUGUCGACGCAGUUUCAUUCUCCGAUAUCCUGAAAAAUUGCAACGAUGUGGAAGUGACUAAUUUCCAUUACAUCGAGCUCGAUAACAUUAAAAAGACAGCGUGCAUCAUGCAUUCGUCGGGUACUACAGGGAUGCCAAAGGGUGUCGAACUGUCUAACUACGCUAUGUUAUUUAUCAGCCUUCAAUAUGAAAUAAACUUGACCGACGUGCCAUCACUUUGGUUCUCUACUAUUUAUUGGAUUACUGGGAUAUUGAUGAACUUUAGCGGAAUCAUACAAAGCACCAAAGCAAUUAUCUAUCCAGAAUUUGACGAGGAGAUGACUUGCCGAUUAAUCCAGAAAUACAAAAUAGAAAUUGUGUUCCUUGGUACGAACAUGAUGAAUCGUUUACACCAAUCAGAUUACAUACAGAAAUAUCCAUUAUCAUCUUUGAAAGCUGUAAUAUUCGGUGGUGCAUCAAUUAGGCCAAAAGUGCAAGAAGAAUUGAGGCAUCUUUUGCCACAUGUUCAAAUAUUGCAAUGUUAUGGAAUGACGGAAACCGGUAGUGUUGUAACGAUACAGCAACCACAUCAUAAAAAUGGAUCUUGCGGAGUCCUAGCCGAGAAUGUGCAAAUGAAAAUCGUUGAUCCAGAAAGCGGGAAAGUACUUGGUCCGAAUCAAUCAGGAGAAGUAUGGAUGAAAGUUCCAAGUUUAAUGACUGGUUAUUAUAGAAAUCCCGAGGCAACAAAGAAUACCAUUGAUAAUGAAGGAUGGCUGCAUUCGGGUGAUAUCGGUUAUAUAGACGGUGAUGGAGAAUUAUUCAUUAUAGAUAGAAUAAAAGAACUUAUGAAGUAUAGAGGAUAUCAUAUUUCUCCCGGAGAAGUCGAAAAUAUGUUACUAUCACAUCCAGCAGUGUCAGAAGCUGCAAUAAUAGGAGUCCCUCAUACAUUAGACGAUGAGCACCCUCUUGCUUAUAUCAUCAAGAGGCCUGACGCCAAGGUAACAGAACAGGAAUUGAUUGACUUUGUGGCAAAGAACAUGGAAGAUCAAUGCAAACUACGUGGAGGCGUUAUAUUUUUGGACAGUUUUCCAUAUACCGCUUCAGGAAAGAUUUCGAAAAAAGAUUUGAAAGCAAUGACAAGGAAAUUGGUACAGUAAAAUGACUGAUUAAAUUAAUUCAGAUAAUUUUAU